UUAUGAAGUUUGGAAAUUUAAAAACAGCUGAGAGUGAUGUGCGAGCUAAAUUUAACACUUUAGAUUAAUUUGUAUCCAAUUUUAAUGAACCACGUCAUAUAAUAUAGUUGGGAAAUGAAAGAAAAUUAAAUACAGUGCUAGCUUUCAAAAAUGGAAAUCCCAUAUAGGAAGAUAUUUAUUUAUGUUUUAACUUUUGCGGCCUAUGCUUACACUGGUAUUGGUUCAAGUAUGUUAAGAAAUCUAAAAGAUGCUGUUUUAUCCGCAGAGUCAGUAUUCGGAGACAUGUUUAGAAAUGUAAUCACUGUGGCGGAAAAAUUUAAAUCGUUACAUGAUGUGUUUGAUGCAGCAGUCGAAGAGGAGUGUAUAUUUUCUUGCCCUGAAGGACAAAAACCUGUACGCAACAGAAAUCAUAUACCAACAUCAGACGGAUGUGGUUCUCUAGGAAUUGAGAUAUCCACAGAGUAUUUGCCCAUAGACCAGAUGACCAAAUGUUGUGACACACAUGAUAUAUGCUAUGACACAUGCAACAGUGGCAAGGAAGUUUGUGAUUUAGAAUUCAAGAGAUGUCUCUACAAUUAUUGUGAAACAUAUAAAGGAGUCAAUAUUGGUGGUGAAACUAUAACCAAAGGUUGUAAAGCAGCUGCUAAACUACUGUUUACAGGCACUUUAACCCUUGGUUGCAAAUCAUAUUUAAAUGCGCAGAAAAAUGCCUGUUACUGUCCACCUGCUAAAAAUAAAUAUAAAAAAUUUACAACUGGAAGUGGUGACUUGUGAGAUUUAAUUAUUUGUACCUGAGGUACAUAAUUUUUGUAUCAUUAUAUUGAUCUAUAACUUGGAACAUGUGCUUUGCUAUUUUUAUCACUACGUAAGUAAUUUGCCACAGUCAAAGUACUACAUACCAGUAGGGUAGGUCUAUUCUGUAACAAUGUUUCGAUUCUCCUCUAUCUGUCUCUUUCUAUAGUAUUGUGUUAGACAAAGACAUAUAGGUUAUACAAAACAUGUUAUAGAAUAGCCCUGCAGAUCAGUAAUGAUAUUCUGUAACAAUGUUCUGUAUAACUAGCAAGUGCAAGUUUCGAAUUCACCUCUAAUUCUCUCAAUUUAUAGUAUUGUGGUAGACAGAGAGAGAGAUAUAUGUCAAUUAGAAUCGCACUUGGGAGUUAUAAAAAUAUCAUUACUGAAUAGCCCUGCUGAACAAUGACAAGAAUUGCUUUGACUGUAGGUUCUCUCUUAUGAAGUACAAACAAAAUCACCUGUGUUGUAGGUAGGUAAUGUUAUCUCAUUCUAGAGCUUGUGUAUUUUUAACUUACUAAUUCAUUAUUAAUUAUUAUUUCAUUUGUUUAAGUACUUUGUUCUCUAAUAUUAUUAUUUGCUACACAUAUUGUUAAGCUGUUAUUUAUUGUUCUAUGUAUAUUUUUUAAUAUUGCACAACAUUUUUCCUAACAAUAUUGUAGUUGACUCAUAUCAAAUUUAAUAUAAACAAUAUUAAUUUCGUGUAGUACAUGGAACAAGGCUCCAAAAUAUAUUGAUAUCAAUUAAUAGAAGUUAGUAUUUCUUAUAAAACUUAAUUUUGACGGCCUCCGUGGCGCAGUGGUUUGCGCGGUGGAUUUACAAAACAGAGGUCCUGGGUUCGAUCCCCUGGGCAGAUUGAGAUUUUCUUAAUUUGACCAGAUCUGGCUGGUGGAAGGCUUAAAGGAAGGAAAUAUCCUCUGGCCUCUGACUGUCAUGGCCGACAAGUGUUUUGGCUCAUCAAAAUCAUAUUUAAAAACUAAAAUUUUCAUGUAAUCACGUCUCAAAAAAUCAGAAAAAGAAAAUUUCAGUCUAGUAGAACGCUAAUGAACUUUUAAAAGUGUCAACUAGCCUAUUGUAAUGAUUAGUUAUACAUACAUCAAAUUAACAGUAUAUUAUAGUUCUAAUAACAGAACUUGGCUUUUUAACUGCAACAGUAUGAUAAGAUAGUUAUUUAGUAUGUACCUAUUAGAGUCAAGUUUAUUAUCAAUGAUUGCAUAGGCAUAUCUCAUUCUUGCCUCAAAAUACAUAACAAUAUGUAAAAUAUCUAUUAAAUGUGAUAUGUAAAGUUUUAUAUUUAGAAUAAGGUGAUUUGAAAUAAAAUCAUAAAACAUA